CAGACAUUUUAGUUUUCACUUACCAAUGGCGACAUACAGCAGCAAGACAUUCAAUUCGUCAAACUACGAUAGCAAUCGCCCCCGCUACCGCGAUUCGCUAGCUGACACGAUCAUCGAGUACCACAGGGCGCAAGGCCCAAAUAACCACACUGGCCUCGCCGUCGAUGUCGCCACUGGAACUGGCAUCUUCGCACGCCAGCUCCAGGGCAAAUUUUCGCGUGUAGUUGGGUCGGACAUCUCCGCUACCAUGCUGCAAAGCGCUCGUGAGGCGAAUUCCAACCAAAUCCCGAUUGAAUUUGUCGAGUCCCCGGCUGAGGCACUGCCGUUCCUCAACUCCGGAACUGUUGAUGUCAUGACUGUUGCCACAGGCGCACACUGGUUCGAUAUGGAGAGGUUUGUCGCCGAGGCGGAGCGGGUGCUGAGGCCAAAUGGGACCCUGGCAAUAUUUGGAUACACGGGAUUCGGCCACUUUGUUGACUACCCGCAGUGUGAUGCGAUAUUCAGGGACUUUGGCAUUGGACCAACCAAGCUUGGCCCGUUCUGGGACCGCGGUCGCGAAAGACUGGUUGAUAACUACCGCGAGUACGUUCCGAUUCUGAGUAAGAACAAGUGGCAGGAUGUACAACGCAUAGUAUACCCAGGCACCAGCAUGGAAGGGGAUAGCCAGCGGUUCACUGUCGGUACCAAGCCAGUCGUCAUGCACUUUGAGGUUACUUGGCGCACGCUCGAGGAUUUCUUGUCCACAUGGUCUGGACCAGUGAACUAUCACAAAAAGUACCCAUCGCGGCCCAAUAUUACUGAGCAAGUCAUGCGCGAGCUGAUGGACGCUGCCGGAGUAUCCGACAGGGACGCCAAGGUCAAUAUCCAGUGGGAGGAGGUGCUCCUCGUUGGGCGUCGCCCCUCGGUGUAGCUCCAACACCGAGCUCAGCAAUGGCCUAUUGAGUAAAAGCACAGGAUUAUGUCGUUAUUCUUUAAACAGGAAAAUUGCGAAGCAGAUCUU